AUGGCGGGCGUCGGCGGCGACGCGGGGCCGGCGGCGGGCGGCCGUGCGGGCGCGGACGGCCCCGAGAGGGCCGGCGGGGCGGCGGCGGAGCAGCCGGGCGGCGGGCACGGGCCCCCGCCGGCGCCGCAGCGCACCGAGACGCUGGGCUUCUACGAGAGCGACCGGCGGCGGGAGCGGCGGCGCGGCCGCGCAGAGUUUUCAUUGUUGAGGUUCCUCAGUGCUGAACUAACAAGAGGGUACUUCCUUGAACAUAAUGAGGCCAAGUACACAGAAAGAAGAGAAAGAGUGUACACUUGUAUGCGAAUACCAAGAGAAUUGGAAAAGCUCAUGUUUUUUGGGAUCUUCCUGUGCCUGGAUGCGUUUCUGUACGUGUUCACCCUGCUCCCGUUGAGAGUGUUUCUGGCACUGUUCAGGCUCUUCACUCUGCCUUGCUACGGCUUACGGGACAGGCGUUUGCUGCAGCCCGCCCAGGUGUGUGACAUUCUGAAGGGUGUCAUUCUGGUCAUCUGCUUCUUCAUGAUGCACUAUGUGGACUACUCCAUGAUGUACCACCUGAUCAGGGGGCAGUCGGUCAUCAAGCUCUACAUCAUCUACAACAUGCUCGAGGUAGCAGAUCGUCUGUUUUCAUCGUUUGGUCAAGAUAUAUUAGAUGCUCUCUAUUGGACGGCAACAGAGCCCAAGGAAAGAAAAAGAGCUCACAUUGGGGUGAUUCCUCACUUUUUCAUGGCUGUUCUCUACGUCUUUUUGCAUGCAAUUCUUAUAAUGGUUCAAGCAACAACUCUCAACGUAGCAUUUAACUCACACAACAAGUCCUUGCUCACUAUCAUGAUGUCUAAUAAUUUUGUUGAAAUUAAAGGAAGUGUUUUCAAGAAGUUUGAGAAGAACAAUCUUUUUCAAAUGUCAAAUAGCGAUAUUAAAGAGCGAUUCACAAAUUAUGUGCUCUUGCUAAUAGUGUGUCUAAGGAACAUGGAACAGUUUUCUUGGAAUCCAGAUCAUCUCUGGGUGUUAUUUCCAGAUGUCUGUAUGGUGAUUGCAUCAGAAAUUGCUGUGGAUAUUGUAAAACAUGCCUUUAUCACUAAGUUCAACGACAUUACCGCAGAUGUCUACAGUGAAUAUAGAGCCAGCCUUGCCUUUGACCUUGUUAGUAGUCGACAGAAAAAUGCGUACACUGACUACAGCGACUCUGUGGCGCGGAGAAUGGGGUUCAUUCCUCUCCCACUAGCUGUUUUACUCAUCAGAGUUGUAACAAGCUCAAUUAAAGUUCAAGGAAUCCUGUCUUAUGCCUGUGUCAUACUCUUCUAUUUUGGGUUGAUAUCCCUGAAAGUACUGAAUAGCAUUGUGCUGCUGGGGAAGUCAUGCCAAUACGUGAAGGAGGCCAAAAUGGAAGAGAAGCUGUUUGACCCUCCCCCAGCCAGCACUCCCGGAAAACCGUCCAGCAAACCACAGAGCAAGAGCAAACCCUCCCAAGAAGAAACCCUGUCCGCCUCUGUCACCAGCCAGCCUAGCCAUCAGAAGGAAAAUGUCAUACCAUUACUCGUGACAAGCAAUUCCGACCAGUUCCUAACAACCCCAGACGGGGAAGAGAAGGACAUAACGCAGGAAAACUCUGAACUGAAGCACAGAUCUGCAAAGAAAGAUUUGUUGGACAUAGACAGGUUCACAAUUUGCGGAAACCGAAUUGACUGA